CCAGUAACUCCCAACAUCUGAGCCAACACAUCAUCACAAAGUUGAUUUGUGCAAAAUAUUUCAAUUAGAAAGUUGAUACAACGAAACAAAUUUAUGUGAAGAUGAAAUAUAUACACCAUGGCAGUUGUUCUGCAUUUAUUCAGUUUAAUCGUCUCAAGAGCGAAGGAGUUACACGUGUGAAUUUAUUGUUUUGACCAGUGUCCCUGCAACCCAAGGAAGCCAAUUUCAGUGGAGCUUUUAACGUUCUUUUACUUCCAUUCUUCUGAAGAUUCAACCACACAAGUCCACACUUUAUAAAAAAAAAUACCGGCAAAGAAAACGGUGUACGGUGCUCAAGAUUUUAUACCAAAAUCGACGUUUUAAACAGGCAUUUGUAAUAGGAAAUUAUUUCUAUUGUAAGCUUCUGUAUCAGAUGGUUUAAAUUAAUAAUUAAUACCGGUGUAAUAAUAAAUAUGGAGACUGGUUAGAAAGGUAGCAGAGUAGAAAUCACUGUACCUUGGAAAAGAUGGCUAGCCCUCGAGCACGGAAAACAAGUACGAUGAACCGUUUAAAGAAGAAAUUGAACGAUGCGAAGCAGUCGUUGGCUGACCAAUUUGAGUUUAAGAUGUUCGUUGCGUUUGUGUUCAAAGAUAAGGUGAGAUUUCAUGGAGGGAACCACCCAAUUCACAUUUCGGUUGUUUCUUUAUGGACGGGUUUACAAUACGGUAACUUUGCUACUUGCGGCUAAAGACAGGAAUCUAGUCCGACCUGCAGUCAGGCAUUCUAGGGAUGCCCUACUCUAACCCUAAUUUUAAACACAAACCUAAUCCUACUACUCUAACCCUACUACUCUAAACCUGUACCAACUCUUUUCCUAACCCUAGAGAGUUAAUUAAAAUUAAAACUUUAAAGAAAAAAAAAUUAUGUUUCCAAAACGUAAAACUACUUUUGCAGAACUUGAACCACAUCCUCAUGCAUUACUGCCACACGCUGUAUCCACUGAGCUACUGGGAAGUUUGUUGAAAUUGCAAAAUGAAAAAAUAUUAUUGUCAUAUUAUAAAUGAAUCAAUGAAUAACAAUAUUUAUUGAGGGUGACCAGUCUAACACCAAAGGGUCAAUGAGGGUGGCCCUCACUAAUUAUUAUAAAUAUCUAGGGCAGACUAGAUUCCUGUUAUUAGCCACAAUUAAGUUACUUUGCUGCUAAUGUCCUGACAAAGUGCCUUCGCUCAACACGUGGCUUGAACCCAAACGUUAGGACUAUUAUGAUCAAUGUUGACACUAAGUUAGCAACUUCUGAUUAAGUCAUGAGCACUUGCUUUAUUUUACAGAGUAAAAAAUCUGCAUUGUUUGAAGUCAAUAAAGUGGUUUCUGUGAUGACGAACAAUUAUGAAAAAAGCAUUCUUAAAGGAGCUCAGGUACUGUAUCAUGUGACCUUCAAAUCUAAAAUAACAUGUGUACUUACAUUGAGGCAAUUAACCCAUUAAGUUGCAUAUAUGUAGCAACCUAAGGGCCGGUUUAGACGGCGAACUUUUCAUGCGCCGAAUCUAAUGCAAGGAUUAAGUGCGAUGCUGGAGCGGCGUCUAAAUCAAUUAAGUUCGGCAGAUUUUGAUUAAGUUCGACACGACUCGAAGAUGCGACAAGACAAGUCGUAUAUGCGACACAGGUUCGACAUUGAUUUAGACGCCGCGCUUUUCAUGCGCCGAACCUAAUGCAUACUUAUAUUUUUUAACAUUAUAAUAUGAUUAUCAUAUAUUUGCAUUGUAAAUAUGUCCAAUAUAGUGUCCUCACAAUUUGGUACGGCACAAUUAAGUUCGACGUCUAAAUCAGUUUCCAAUAUUUUGCCAUACCUACGGCAAUUAGAUUCGGCGCAUGAAAAGUUUGCCUUCUAACCCGGGCCUAAUGCACCUUACUUUGUUAUCUUACUCUGUCUAACAACAAGCAAUUUUACUUGUCAAGGGGAGAGUGUUGCUGCUCAUAUCUUAAUAAUAAUGAACUUGCAGUUAGAGCUCGACAACUGGUCUCUGUAGCUCAGAUGGUUAGAGCGCUGCACUGGAAUCGCAGUGCUGCAGGUUCAAUCCCUGCCUAUGGUUGUAUUUUUUGAAAAAAAAUUAAUAAUCUAAUAAUUGUACAAAAUUCACACUCAAAUUUUUGAUCUGCAAACCCUUCAACAAUUAGGUAUAUCAAGUUUAGAUGCCCAAAAAACCGAUAUUUACCCAUGCACCUUGAUAUACAGUACAUUACUCAGAUAUAACAUGUUGGGAUGCUGUAAUGGAAUAAAUUUUCUAUUUAGGACAAUGUCUAUUCAAUGGAUAGUUCACUGGAGUUACUGGAGAAAGACAUGGUCCAAUUUUAUGCACCUCAAUAUCGCUCUUUAAGAAAAGUGAGAACAUAAAUUAUAUUCAUUUAAACUAUUAAACAUGUAUGGCCAGGACAAAGCAUAUUAGGGCAAUUCCACAUGUAUGAGAGUUACCCAAUAAAAACUAAAAAUUAUGAGGCAUACAUGCUGUACUUUGUUUUUAUAAAUUAAAUUUAAAUAAAUAAAUUAUGUGCAUUGUAAUAAUAAUCCUUUGCCUCUGUCAGGUUCUAAAAUUCUGUUCAAUUUCCUUCAUAGAACAAGGCAAAGAAUGCUUAAUUAUAUUAGAAUGCACAUAAAAUGAAUGUGGUUUACUGUAUACAUGUAUGGCUCCCAUGUACCAUCCAACUACAACUCAGCAAUAAAAGGCAGAGUUAUGCCAUGCGUUCAUAUGUCUGACACAAAGUUCCACAUAACAUUUUUGCAGGAUGUGCUUGGGUGUACUCGAGAUAUGGAUUUCAUUUUGUGGCCUAGAAAUGACUUGGAGGGAGUAACAUGCUUUUUGUUUUCACGAUGGAAGGAUGACAGUGAAGCUGAGUUUAAGCACAUUGAAGUUAGUGUAAUGAUUGUUGUCAGGCCUUAAAAUAUGAUUAUGUUAUAUACGAUAUGGUGAAGUGAAUUGAAUUGUCAAAGUCUUACAGCCCUUCAAGUAUCUGUUUGAAGUCCUGGCUAAUAAUAAUUUGGGUAUGACCAAUACUGUUUUGCUCUAGUGAGGCUCCGGCUAUUAAUUGAUGAGCCCUGUGAGUUGAGUGGUGGGUAAAGGCUUGCAAGCUUUGUAUAUUUGAUUUAUUGUCCGAGUGCAAGACUGGGCGAAAAGUUUCAGCUUGUCAUGACUGCAAGUACCGGCGAAUUACACACAGCCUCUGGCGAACGGCUGUCAAAUGUCUUCUUAGCGCUGGCAAAAUUUGCUGUUCGCCAGUCUAAAACAAGAUGGGUGGUCUUACUUCUCUUACUGCUUAUUAUUUCCAAGCCAAACUGAACUGAAAGUCAUCGGACAACAUAAUACAUAUGUCUGUCCCAAAGUUAAAGUCAUUGGACAUUUUAUCAGACAGCCCUGUAAAAGAUAUGUGAUGGCCUGCCUGUUGUAAAAACCUGCUUAAUAGUAACCCAAGACUUCUCUUCGCCUCAAAAUGGUAAACCAAAAUGACCCGCACCUCUAAAUAUACUACAAUAACAUCAUUCUGAACUUUAGGCAAAAUUUGAAAACAAUGUUCAUGAUUAUGAGAAGCAAUUAUUUCAUUUCCAUGGCAAAAACAUGAGGAAAGAUAUUGUUGUAAACAACCCAGAACAGAAUAUGUUCUUAUUCCUGGAUCACCAACAUUGGCAGGUACUGUACUGUUAGUAAUUUUUUCUAUUAUAAUUAGUCUGCCUGUUUUUUUGCUUGGAGGGCAGGUUAUAGCAGGAUAAAGUGUGUUAAUGUAACAAUUUGAAAAUGUAAAAAAAUACAGUAUAUAAUAAUUGGAUAUUGCAAUUAAUGUUAUUUUCUGUUCUUUUCACAUUAUUACAGUCACGUGGUUCCACCCUCUCGUUGUUCAAAGUAUCAAAUAUAUGUCUUUGUUUGCCACAGGUACAUAUUCUUAUACUUUUUGUCAAAGUCAUAUUUUAAAUAUUUUAAUUAACCCAUUUUAAAGUUGCAUUCACAGGGAAAAAAUUUUAAUUUCCAUCGAUGGUUUUUGAAUGGUUUUUAAAGAUUUACUAUGUUUUCUAUCAGAAUGUAAAAACUCGAUUCUUACCAUUAUUGGUUAUUAUAGAGUACUCAUAUCAUGGUAAAUUGAUAAAAACCGUGAUGUUUAAUAUUCGACCAUUAAUGAUAUUUUCCUGUGCACAGGAAAAAAUAAAGUACCAUGCUAAUAUAGUAGCAUUAGUGGUAAAUAUUGAACAUCGUACUUUUUACUAAUUUACCAUUUUACCAUAUUGGAAAUCAAUAUUAAUGUUAAGAGUUCAUUAAAAACAUUGUUCAAAAAUGAAAAAUGUUCAAGAAUAUUAAGUUUAAUUAUUCGUGUAAUUAUUACGAUACUGUAGCAUGUUUUCCUGUGGAAUUUUGGAAAACAAGCACUUAUCUAUCUUGCUCUUUUUCAGGAUCAGUUAACACGUUGGAGUCCAAAGACCAUGAAGCAGGUUCUACAACCGUACCUCCCGGAUUAAAACAUUUCCUAUGAAUUCGAGGACUGUACAGGAUUUUAUUGAUGAACAUGGGAUAUAGAUUGAUCACGCAUGCUUUUAUGUACCUUCAUUGAAAUAAUAUGUAUCACUUGUACGUUGUUUAAAAUUAAAAUUUCACCACAAUGUGAUUCAAUAAGGUUUGACUUGUAUAUCAGGAAAAA